AUGAAGAAGGAGGGCUCCACUGAUAAGCGCUACUUACGGAGGACAUUCAACAGGUCCUACUAUUACAAAAAAGGGGAGAAGGCCGAGGAGGCAAACAGCGGAAGUAAAAAAUUUAACGGCGUCGCAGAGAGCAGCACCAUUGGGAACAGUAGUGAUAAGAAUAACUUCAACAUCGGAACGAACUCAAGUUUUAAAGGUGCACCCAAAGUUGCAAGUGCGAACGGAAAGGGCAUCGCAGCGGACAGGAAGGGGAAGGACGUGGAUGUGCAAAGCGAAGGAGACCUAUGGGACGGGGAGCAGGAAGAAGUAGAUUUUGACGACGAGGAGUUAUUUUAUACCGUAGAAGAAGGAGAAGCGAAAAAUAAAAAAGUUUCAAAAAUGACACUGAGCGGAAAGGAAAAGGAGUUACUUCCUCCAAAUGGCGAAGAGUAUAACAGAGGGAGCAACGGGAAAGGAGGCGGGAACGGAAGUAAGGAGGGGGACAGUCAGGACAAGAACAAUAUUCUGUGUCCUCUGUGCGUAGAGGUGUUGGACGAAACGGACAGAAACUUUUUCCCAUGCGACUGUGGAUAUCAGAUAUGUCUCUGGUGCUUGUACUACAUACGAGAUCAUAUGUGUAACAAAUGCCCCGCGUGCAGGAGAAGUUACGACGAGAAAAAUUUCAUAUAUAAUAGGGAAACCCACGAGAAGUUGGUGAAAAAGCAAAAAAGUAAUCACAAAGGAAAUAAAGCAGAUGCAAAUAACAGCAGUAAUAAUAACUGCACGAAUGCUCCAAAUGGAAUUAGUGGCUCUUCGGGGUUAGGCGCAAGUACCGGAGCAAGCAUUUGCCCAAGUGGUACGAACAACCCUGUUCUUCACCAUCACAGUGGACGGAGCACUGCUAUUUUUAACAGACCAGAUCUGUACAAAAAUCCAAACAUAUAUAAUAUCCACGAGUAUGAAAACAUUUUCGAGAUAAUAAAAGGAAUUAGAGUUGUUCAACGCAACCUCGUCUUUGUCAUUGGUAUCACAUCCAAUUAUGCAAAGAAAAAUAUAUUAAAAAAAAAUGAAUAUUUUGGAAAGUAUGGGCAAAUUUUAAAUAUAAUUGUUAAUAAAUCCCAGGCCUAUAAUCCCCAUUACAAUGGACCCUCUUUCAGUGCAUACAUAACUUAUAGUAACGAGAAGGAAGCCAUUAAUGCCAUAUAUUUUAUUGAUGGUAUGGUGCUGGAUAAUAAAACUUUGAAAGCAUCUUUUGGGACGACCAAGUACUGUGCAGCUUAUUUGAAGAACAGCAUUUGUACCAAUGAGGAUUGCUUUUAUUUACACGAACUUGGAAAUGUCAUCGAUAGUUUUUCCAAAGAUGAUAUCCAUGGCCCCAAACACAUUUAUCAUGACCUACUAUAUUAUUAUUUUAAAAAACACCCGGACAAGAGAAGCGAGCAAAGUACCAACUUCCUCGACUCUUCAGGAAAUGUGUUAAUAAAAUCGACGAGAAAAUCAGAAGACAUAACUAUGGGGGGAGUAGGAACAUCUGGAGGAGGGCCUACCACAAGUGUUCCUCCUGCAAUGCUCUCCUUUGCUGCAGCUAUGUCUGUCACAAAUGAGAAGGACAUAUCGGACACAAAGAAAAAAAGUGACACCCCGGAUGAGGUUACUCAGUGGAAGAAACAACAGCACUCCUCAGCGACAUCGGUGCUCUUCGAUGGGAAGGCAAAAAGUUUGGAGAUAAUCAACAAAGGGAUAGAAAAAUGUGCAGAUGAAUUGAAAAGAGCAACCAAGAUGAAGGAUGGCUUGACCAGUAAGGGGACCAAGGAUAACCACCACGCCAGUGAGGAGAAAAGCAAGUGGAGCUCCGAAGGCAAUUUCGCCAACCUGAUAAAAAAUGCUGGUGUGGCAGUCACUCCCUUGCAGGAGGUUGAAGAAGAAAAGAAUAACACACAAACCAAAAGCAAGAAAAAGAAAAAAAAACAAAAAAGUGAGGAAAAUAUUGCAGCCACGGAUCGAGGUAAGGAAGACCACGUCGUCAGUGGAAGUGCUAAUGCCACGCAGAAGGAGAAGAAUUAUAAAGAUUCCCUCCAAAAUAACGGUGCAUCUAAGAAUGAUAACACUAGCAAGAACAACAGCCUCGAGGUGGAGGAAGACCCCUACUACGUGGACGGCAUGUCAGAGAACUAUCCUCUCAUAACAGAUGUCCACUUUGAUAAAGACAAGAAGAAGAAGAUGAAAAAGAAGGCAGAAAAGAAGAAGGCCAACGAGAAGAAGAAGGCUGAGGAGGUCAAGAUGCGAGAAGCGGUUAAGGAAGGGGAGGGAAAGAUGGGAGAAACGGAGGUAGAAGAGGCCAAAACUGAUGGAGCCAAAACAGGAACCCCCCCCACGGAAGACCCCCCUGCGGAAGAUCGCAAACCCAAUGGAAAGGGUAGCCAAUCAACUGCGGACGCUGCACAGAAGGAGCAACCCUCCGAGAAGGACUUUCCUCCACUGAGGGAGGAAGACAAAGAUUCGAAGAAACAAAAGAAAAAGAACCCCGCCAGUGGUAGCAGUUCCGUCAACAUCAUCAGCACGAACAACGAUCUGAACAACGAUCUGAACAACAACCCGAUGAUCAACACGAACAAUGACCCGAACAACAGCGUAAGUGGCAUCGUGGAGAAUGGACCAGCUAAAGUGGAAGACCAGCAGGCCGAUGGCCCGAAGGAGAAUAAACAAAGUGGCGAGCAGGCACAGGUAGAGAAAAAAAACAAGUAUGCCAAAAUUGCCCUUAAAAUCGGAAGCUUCUUUAAUUAUGCGUUUGAUGGAGGUAGAAAAGGGGGUGGUGACGAAGCAAAAGCAAAGACAUCUCCUAGUGGUGGCCAGAAAGCAAACAAGAAGACGCCUACCACUGCUGAUACGCCCUCUGUGGUUGCAACACCGGAGGAUGUAAAGGUGGAAAAUGCCACCCAGCCGAAAGAAGACCCCACUAUGGAAGGCCUAUCACUUUCGAAGCAGAAGAAGGUGAAAGGUUACGAAGUGGAGCAGGAAGAAACAAACGUCAAAGAAGAUAGAAUGAGAGAGAAGGGCGAGAAGAAAAAUGAGCAAUCCUCUCUGAAGAGGGACAACGAAAAGGUGGGAACUGAUGUAGGUAUUGGUGUAAAGGAGAAGAAGGAAGUAGUGGAAGAGGGGGCCAAGAAGGACAGGGGUGGUGGAUCUAAUUGCAAAGCUGAUAAGGAGGACACAUACAUUGGAGAAGGCAAUAUUCAAGAUGAAGCCACAGCGACUGCUAUCUCUGGUCCAAGUGAUUCUGUGAACCCCCCUCGCACAAGAGAAAAACGAGACAAAAAAAAUGCACAAGAAAAUAAUAUUAGUCAGGAACAACAAAUGAAGAAGCACGCCCAGGAAGUUUUAAAUAUCCAAAAGAGCAAUCCAGAUGUGCCGCUGCAAGCAAUAAUUGAAGAUUAUAUCGAAAGGAGAAGAGCCGACACAAAGGAAGUUCUCCAUUUUCAUGAUCUGCACAAUGCUAUGAAUAAUUUUAUGGGGGGAAAUGCAGCGAAAGGGGAAAGGAGUAACCAACAUACAGAUGGUAGUACUGCUCACGGUUGGAAUGUAAAAACACAGGAACAUUUGCAUAACGGAGAGGGAGAUCAAAAAGAGGGUGAAUAUGCACAAAUGGGAGAUACAGCGAAUGUACCAGUCUCGAAACCAGAGGGGGAAAGACAAUCAGUGGAGAAAACACAAAAGGGAAUGGACACGAAGAACCACGUACCAUGUGCGAAAGAGAAAAAGAAAAAAGAUACUCUUAACAAGAGGAAGCUGCACCAGAAAGAAAUGGAAGGAGAUAUUACGAGCAUUAUUAGAGAAAUGAUGAUGCACAGGAUGAGAUCGAAAAGCAGAAGAAACAAAAACGGUUCUGUUCGCGAAACAAGUGGGAAGAGUGAAAUGGGACAAACAGAUCAUCGUGUCAGUUCAGGGGAAGACCCCACCGAGAAAAAUGCUCUAUUCGACGACAUGGAAAUAUUUUUAAAAAAUCUGUGUGUGGCUAAGGGGAAGGCAAUUCAAAGUAGCCUUCAAAACAGCAUUGGAAGCAACCUCCAAAACAAUUACGCAGAUAGGGACGCGGUGUAUUUGAUAGAAGGAAACGGUAGACGCAAAAAUGACUACCUCAUGUACACAAAUGAUGAGCGCAUUUCUCUGAAGUCACACAAAGGUGUUAUGGAGUUCAUCAUUAAAAAGGAUCAAAACAUAGACGUAAAAAAAAACAAAAAAAAUUAUCUCCACGAAGAUACAUUUGAUAUUUAUAAAGAAUUAAUUUUGUCCAAAAACUCAGAUCUUCAAACUGCCAACGAUAUUUUAUUUGAAAAAAUAUUUAAUGAGGAAAUUGAUUUCGUUCAACAAUUAUGUAAAGAAAAUUGCCUGAACGGGUCAGGUAAAACAUGCUCAUCCAAUUACACAAUGGAAAAAAGUUAUUACGAGCAGAACGUGAAUUUAAAGAAGAAAUGCAAAAAGAAAAUGCAGGCUACCUUUCCUAACUUGUGGGUUAAUUUUAACCAGUCCCUGCACACGCAGGAGAUGAGUGAGAAGGUUAACCUCAGCGCUUAA